AUGUCAGCAAAAUACCCCGAACGCAAGAUCGGCGACGACAAUGUCUCUGCCCAAGGCUUGGGUUGCAUGGGCAUGUCCUUCGGCUACACUUCCUACGGCGGGUACGAUGAUGAGGAGUCUGCGAAGGUGUUGACGAAAGCCGCUGAUCUGGGAAUUACCUUUUGGGAUACCUCGGACAUUUAUGGCCCUCACACGAAUGAGAGGCUGAUUGGCAAGUGGUUCAAGGAUACGGGUAGGCGUAAGGAAAUCUUCCUGGCGACCAAGUUUGGGAAUUUGAGGGCCCCCGACGGCACGCCUGCUGUCCGUGGAGACAGAGAAUGGGUUCACCAAGCCUGCAAUGAGAGUCUCCAACGCCUCGGAAUCGACCAGAUCGACCUCUACUACCAACAUCGCGUCGACAACAAAGUCCCGAUCGAAGAAACAGUCCAAGCUAUGGUCGAUCUGAAGAAGGAGGGAAAGAUCCGAUACCUUGGCCUGUCGGAGUGCUCCGCAGCCACUUUGAGGAGAGCAUACAAGAUACACCCAAUCGCGGCUGCUCAGAUGGAGUCUUCGCCCUUUGCGUUAGAGAUCGAGUCGGAGCAGACCGAGUUUCUCAAAACUGCAAGAGAAUUGGGUGUCAAGAUGGUGGCAUACAGCCCACUCGGCCGUGGCUUCCUCACCGGCACAAUGAAGAGUCGCAAAGACUUGGAUGAGAAGGACAGCAGGUUCAACCAUGCUCGCUUCUCGGAAGAGAACUUUGGCUCGAACCUGCAGCUGGUGGAGAAGUUGGGCGCCAUGGCUUCCAAGAAGGGGUGUACGCCGGGCCAAUUGUCGCUUGCGUGGGUCUUGGCUCAAGGUCAAGACUUCAUGCCAAUUCCUGGCACGAAGCGUGUCAAGUAUCUGGAGGAGAAUGCUGCGGCAGUGAAUGUGACGCUCAGCGAGUGGGAAGAGCAGGAGUUCCGGAGGGCGGUAGAGAGUGCUGGUGGAUCGAAGGGUGCACGAUAG